GCAUGGAUAGAGCGAGGGGAACGCCUCCAGGAAAAGAAAUUAAAUGCACACACACAGAGGCACACAGGGACGGGCGAUUUGAAAAUAUUCCUGAGAACGCAAUUUGCGCUCAUGCGGCACAGCGUCACAUGAAAGAGGCCGCCUGAAGAGCUGGCUGGCACAGGUUUAUUUUGUUGUAAUAUUUUCUUCCACCCCCCAGCUCUUUACCCAGUGGAAUGAUAUCCAGAGCAAGUUUUUUGAGACAGGAAGUGAGGAAUGUUUUCACUAUGAGUGAUCUGAGAAGAAGGUGGGUUAGCCGAGAUAGCAGCUGUUUCAGACAAGAGGAACACAGUAAGUCAGUUCCCGAGGAAUACAGAUGAGAUGGCUCCGGGAGAAAAAGUCUUGGAGCACUGAGGGCUUUUUUCAGCUACGCGUAUGUGAAAGGAGACUCGGUGUCUUUGGAUCGCUCUGCAAGGAUUCCAGUGGAUGUCUCUUCUGCUUGUUUCUUGGUGGAAAACUUGCUUGUCUUUAAUGGAUACUGCUGCUGCUGGUUGAUCUCUGGAGACUUUACAGCUUCUUACCUGUUGAGAGGAGACAACUUCCUGUCCCCUCUCAAGGUCCCGGUGGUAGUAGCUCUUUAACAGUAGCCAUCCGUGCAGGAAAAAGAAGAUGCCUCUACCUUUUGGGUUAAAAUUGAAACGAACUCGACGUUACACAGUAUCCAGCAAGAGCUGCUUGGUGGCUCGUAUCCAGCUGCUCAACAAUGAAUUUGUGGAGUUCACGCUGUCAGUGGAAAGCACGGGCCAGGAAAGUCUGGAAGCAGUGGCUCAGAGGCUUGAAUUGCGGGAGAUUACGUAUUUCAGCCUAUGGUAUUAUAAUAAGCAGAAUCAACGCAGAUGGGUAGAUUUGGACAAGCCUCUGAAAAAGCAGCUGGACAAAUAUGCCUUGGAGCCAACUGUGUAUUUUGGAGUAGUGUUCUAUGUGCCUACUGUUUCUCAGCUUCAGCAGGAGAUUACCAGGUAUCAGUAUUAUCUGCAAUUAAAGAAAGAUAUCUUGGAGGGCAACAUUCCUUGCACACUGGAACAAGCAAUACAUCUGGCUGGUUUGGCUGUUCAGGCUGAUUUUGGAGACUAUGAUCAGUAUGAAUCCCAGGAGUUUCUACAAAGAUUUGCUUUGUUUCCAGUGGGUUGGCUACAAGAAGAAAAAAUAUUGGAAGAAGCAACACAGAAAGUUGCCUUGCUACAUCAGAAGUACAGAGGCCUUACUCCUCCUGAUGCGGAAAUGUUAUAUAUGCAAGAAGUAGAAAGAAUGGAGGGCUAUGGUGAAGAGACCUAUCCUGCAAAGGACAGCCAAGGAAGUGACAUAUUCAUUGGAGCAUGUCUUGAUGGUAUCUUUGUAAAACACAAAAAUGGUCGUCCUCCUGUUGUAUUUAGGUGGCAUGAUAUUGCCAACAUGUCCCACAAUAAAUCCUUUUUCGCAUUAGAGCUGGCCAACAAAGAAGAGACAAUUCAAUUCCAAACUGAAGAUAUGGAAACAGCAAAAUAUGUGUGGAGGAUGUGUGUGGCUAGACACAAAUUUUACAGACUAAAUAAAUGCAGCCUAGAUUCCCUGGACUCUCCACCUGAGGAGGGCUCUCAGAAAUCUUCCCUCAUUCUUUCCCUUCCACGCUUUCCAAUCCUUUCUCGUCCUUCAUUUCCUAAAGGACAAACUCAGCCUGUUACAGUGAAUCCUGUUAGAAGACGGUCUUCGUCCAGAAUGUCUAUGCCUAAGCCUCAGCCUUAUAUGAUGCCUCCACCACCUCAGCUGCAUUACAAUGGUCAUUAUACUGAACCAUAUGCAUCUUCCCAAGAUAACCUCUUUGUGAGCAAUCAGAAUGGAUACUACUAUCACUCUCAGACUAGCUUGGAUAGAGCCCCUCAUGACUACAGUGGUCGGAUCCGCAAUGGUAGUGUCUAUAGUGCACACAGCACAAACUCCUUGAACAACCCACAGCAUUACUUGCAGCCAUCCCCCAUGUCCUCUAACCCAAGCAUUACUGGAAGUGAUGUCCUCAGAACUGAUUAUGUCCCAUCACACAGACAUAGUGCACUAAUACCACCUUCUUAUCGUCCCACGCCAGACUAUGAGACUGUGAUGAGACAGCUCAAUAGAGGAAUGGUGCACACAGAUAGGCAGAGUCAUUCAAUGAGAAAUCUUAACAUCAGCAAUUCCUAUGCUUACAGCAGACCUGAUGCCUUAGUUUACAGUCAGCCUGAAAUACGAGAACAUGCUCACUUUGCUGCCCCACAGUCUAACCAUUAUCCAUUUAACCUGAACUACAGCUUUCAUAGCCAAUCCCCCUACCCAUAUCCUACUGAAAAGCGCCCAGUUGUUGGGGCAGUCAGUGUGCCUGAGUUGACAAAUGUGCAGCUCCAGGCUCAGGAUUAUCCAGCACCAAAUAUAAUGAAGACCCAAGUCUAUCGACCACCUCCCCCAUACCCGUACCCAAGGCCUGCAAACAGUACUCCAGACCUUUCCCGGCAUAUCUACAUCAGCAACAGCAAUCCAGAUCUGAUCACAAGGCGAGUGCACCAUUCUGUCCAGACAUUUCAAGAAGACAGCCUGCCUGUGGCACAUUCUCUUCAGGAAGUCAGUGAGCCUCUAACAUCGGCACGCCAUGCGCAGCUGCAGAAAAGGAACAGUAUUGAAAUAGCAGGCUUGACUCCCAGCUUUGAAGGAAUAAGGAUUAAAGAGAGGACCAUGUCAGCUUCUGCAGCAGAUGUGGCUCUUCCAAGAGUUAUCUCAGAAGGGUCACAGCCCAACAUUCUGAUGGAGAGAGCAAAGCAAAAAGAAGGUGAGCAAGAAGAAUGUGUGAACUGUGAUCAUAAGAAAACCCUUUCAGAUGCCACUAUGCUGAUUCACAGUAGUGAGGAAGAAGAAGAAUUUGAAGAAGAAAACAAGGCUAAUACAAGUCUUUCUCCUCUGCCCGAAGAUCAAACCCAACUUUCAUCUGUUAUGGGAGGUUAUUCUCAUGAUUCAGUACUGAAGUACCCUUGUAGCUCUGUUGCUUCAUCUGCUGGCCCUUUGCAUAUUCUUGAGCCUAAAUUACAUAUUACAGAGGCAGAGAAGAGAAUGAAAGAUAUGAGCCCUGUUCAUUUACUAGUAGAAAGCCAGGUCCAGAGAAGAGGGGAAGGACUGCUUACUCCAUCCAUGUCAGAAUCUGAUCUAACAACAUCAGGGAGAUACAGAGUAAGGAAAGAUUCAGUAAAGAAGAGACCUGUGUCCGAUCUUUUGUCUGGGAAGAAGAAUAUUGUGGAAGGCCUUCCCCCGCUAGGUGGUAUGAAAAAGAAUAAAAAUGAUGCAAAAAAAAUGGGCCCUCUAAAGCUAGCUGCCCUAAAUGGACUGGCAUUGACUAGAAUGCCUCUGCCAGAUGAGGGGAAGGAAGAAUCAACAAGAGCAACAAAUGAUGAAAGGUGUAAAAUUCUGGAACAACGGUUAGAGCAGGGGAUGGUGUUCACUGAAUACGAGCGCAUUCAGAAAAAAAGGCUUAUGGAUGGUGAGUGCUCAAUAGCUCGGCUUCCUGAAAAUGCUGAAAGGAACCGGUUCCAGGACGUCCUUCCUUAUGAUGAUACCAGAGUAGAGCUAGUCCCAACCAAAGAAAAUAACACGGGUUACAUCAAUGCAUCUCAUAUCAAGAUCUCUGUUGGGGGCAUAGAGUGGGAUUACAUUGCUACGCAGGGCCCUUUGCAGAAUACAUGUCAGGAUUUCUGGCAGAUGAUCUGGGAACAAGGGAUUGCCAUCAUAGCUAUGGUGACAGCAGAGGAAGAAAGUGGGCGAGAAAAAAGCUUCAGAUACUGGCCACGUCUUGGUUCACGACACAACACUGUAACCUAUGGAAGAUUUAAGAUUACCACGCGAUUCCGUACUGACUCAGGCUGCUAUGCAACUACAGGUUUGAAGAUUAAGCAUCUUCUCACAGGACAGGAGAGAACGGUUUGGCAUUUGCAGUACACUGACUGGCCAGAGCAUGGCUGUCCAGAAGAUUUAAAGGGAUUUUUAUCAUACUUGGAAGAGAUACAGUCUGUGCGGCGCCACACGAACAGCACUGCGGAUCCUAAAAGCUCUAAUCCCCCUGUACUGGUGCACUGCAGUGCAGGUGUGGGGCGAACAGGGGUGGUCAUACUGUCAGAGAUCAUGAUCGCUUGCUUGGAACACAAUGAGAUGCUGGACAUCCCACGAGUGCUGGACAUGUUGAGGCAGCAGAGAAUGAUGAUGGUGCAGACUCUUUCGCAGUACACUUUUGUCUAUGGAGUUCUCAUUCAGUUUCUCAAAAGUUCUAGACUUAUCUAAUCCCUGUCACUUCCUAAGGGACACUGCAAGAGUUUACAGAAAGGAAAUCACAAUUGUCCAGACAGACCUGAUGUUUUAAAUGAUGAAUCACACCUUUUAGGGCUGCUGUGUGCCUGUUAAACGUAAGUCAGCGUAACAGUCUCUCUACAAAGUAGGAUCUUUGCUGGAGUAAAUUCUUCCUAUGUUCAGCUGCAGUCAUAUUAAGGAAGAACUUCACUUGUACUGGUCUGUAGUACUUACACAUAUUCUCUAGAGUGGUGUUACUCUGGGCAAAAUAAGUAUCAUGGAAUGAAAGUACACAGCACAAUUCUACUAACAUUAUGUUUUGAAACAUAAUUUUUGACUGUGUGAAAGCUAAAAUCUGUAGGAGCUCCUUGGGAAUGUCAAGGUCUUAUGAAGUUUCACUCUGCUUUCAAUUUUAUAUUUAGAACAAUACAUCUAUAUUUUUAAAAAUGAACUUUUGGUUUCCUCUGGUUUACUUAGAAAAAUUAGCAGCUCUUAGAUAUUUCAAGCUGUUGCUUUAAUGACAGUUAUUUUUAUAUUCAUAAUUUUUAAAUUAAAAAACCCAAAACACCACAACACAAAACUUUUUAAACAGAACAAUGUUUUCAGAGAAGACUGACAACAUUUGAACAAACUUCAAAAAUCAUGCAGAAAGUCCUAGGGGAAGCUAUUGGUAAUUAGUUGUAGUGCCAUGUAAUGGAAUUGACAAGUGAAAGAUAAUGGCAACUGUUGAUAACUUCCAUUUGAGUGGAGGCAUUUUUACCUGAAACAAGCAGGGGAAAAAUAUUUUAAGUAUCUAUGAGGUUAUUGGAAACAUGGAUGAGAGAAAGUACAUAUUCAGUAUUAUUCAUAUGUUUAGAAGACAGUUUGAUUUUACUGGCUGAAAUCAAAGUGGAUGCAAAUGUUUUAAGCACUUUUUUUUCUCUGUUAUUUAUGUAGUUAAAUAUAGAUAAUAUAAUCAUGCAUUGUUUCAUAUGGUAAUAUACCAUUACUAACCUGAUAUUUUAGGAAGAGCCUUUUAAGUUGAUUAAAUGAGAGAACCAAAAUGGGAGUAAGAAGGUGGACAGUGGUGAAGCAGAGAUGGUCAUAUGAAGCAUAACGGAGGAGGUGUGGCAGCUGUGAUUGCUGGUUUACACAGUGCAAAGAUGACUAUUAAAAAUGUUAGUGUUCCCAGCCAAGAAAGCCGUUAAAGCACGAGAUCCUCCGGAUUAUUCUGUCAGUACUAGAACAGAUUUUGCUAAUGCUGUGCAGCAUUGCAAUGAAGAGUAUUUGAGAACACUCAAUGCAAGAGCUGUUAGAGGUAACACUGGAGAUGUGGGUAUUUUAGUAGCUGUGUAGGUGGCUGAGUCAAUGGCUGUGGCAUGGACCUGAAGAUGAGUCAUACCUUUGGUAGUUUCUGUUUUGUCCCAUGGGGGCUGAUCUAAUGACAGUAUCCCUAAAUAAUCCUCUUUCUGUGGUUUUCAGAUGGGGACAGUGUGGUUUUAGCUGCCUUUCUGUGUUUUGAGAUGCUGAGUUGAAAACCUAUUCAAAAUGAGCUAUAGCUUUUAGAUAUCUGGUUUAAUUUCAAAAAAACCCUAUAGUAAUCAGUCUACUGGAAUGCUUAAGUGUCCAUUUCCCUUUAUACCUGCUUAGUGAAAUGAAAUGAAACUAAAAGUAAUUUUGAUCAGUGCUGAAAUUAUUUUAUUUUUCUGACCUCUAACAAGGGUUUGGAAACUAUUAAAACCCUUUCAAAAUAAUAAUUGUGUCCCAAAACAUUAAUUAAGAAUGAUAGAUAGGUUGCCUUAAUUUCCUCUAUAAUAAGCUACUUCCACAAAGAGAAACACACAGUCCAAAUGACAUUGUGCUAAUAUGUCAUUCUGUACAAAAUCUUUUACUUUAAGGCACACUGUAUUGAUCUGGUGCUUUCAGGUCUGCUUGGAGGCAGUCUGAAUUUUUGUACUCUCAGUAUAAAUUAGAUUGAAUAUUUCAGACUAGGGAAAAGAAAUGUUGUUCUUACAUAAAUUUCCUAGGAAUUAUUAAUUGCCAAAUGUAAAACUGGAAGUCCAGAGGAAACCAGUACUGAAGACUGAUUCUUUACAUAUAAAUCUUGCAAAAAAACCAAUCUGACAUUUCUGUGUUGAAAGAAGUAUUGAAAGAAACAAACAUUCUUAGCUAUUUGUAUCAUGCUGUGUUUUACAGACACGUUUAAUUUUUGCCACAAUUCACUUCUAUCUGCAGAAAUCUUUUUGAAUGGAAGGGCAGGCUCUAAAAUGUAGUUUGUACCUUUUCCAUGUCUAAACUUUGCACUGUGAUCUUCAUAACCUCAUAAAUGCAGUUUUAGUGACAUGAUGGACAACCAGAACUUUAAGCAACAGCUUUUAACUAAUCAGCAGUUACUGGGGCAGAACAUCAGCUGUAAGCAUUAGAAGGAGCAGUUAUAAGAAACAAUUUAAUCCAAUACUUACGGGAUUAUCUGACAUGGGUGAGGAAACGUGUGUCUUCUGGCUUAUUUUUCUGUUUCUGUUUCGCUGAAAGAAUUUGUGUUCACUUUUUUAGAGGCAGUUGCUCUCCAAUCUGAUAGGCACAGUCGUAAUUUUUAUUUUUAAGCAUAACACUGCUACCUCCUCCCCUUCAGCUUGCAGUUCUGUCCAUCAGCAGUCUGUUUUUGCCUUAAUAGACUUGACCUUAAUAGACUUGACUUCAUGUGAACUUUUCUACUGAAGAUUGCAGGAUUGUGUUUGUAUGUAAGCAAAUGGCUCUGAGUGAGCAUUGAAAACAAGCAGUUUCUCUUCUAAAGAUACCAAGUGAAAUUAAACUUCACAGUCCUCCGUAACAAAAUGAUUUUUAAAACCAUUGUUUAGAUUUUCAGUUAACUUAUAAAAGGCAAUUCUGAUUUUAGCACUUUGUUCUGAGCUUUGGAAAGGGAUGCAUUUUUACUUGUAGUUGUGCUGGGUGCUUCAUGAAGUGUUGGACGUUAGAAGAACAUCCACUGUCCAAAUCCAGUCACAGUGAGUCAGAGGUGAAUUUAUUUGUCAAAGGCUUAAAAUUUCACUAUAAGCCUGUCCAUUUUGCCAAAUGUGUUUCUGUUUCUACGGGGAUGAAACCAGAUUAUUACGCAAGAUUUGAACGGAUUUUGUUUAGUAAGAAAAGUUGUAUGAAGACAUUCUUGCAGUAAAUGGCAAAAAUGAUGCUGAUCUCUAGGGAUGUCAGAGCUCUCAGGGAAAAAUAAAGGUGCUAUAUACUGUCAAGAGACAGAUUUGACUGUCUUUUGUUGGGUAGGUGGAAGAUGCUUUUUAGGAUCAAAUUCAAUGAAGAGUCAGGAGAAGAACCCGCAAAUUAUAGCAAGGACUUCUGCACGUUUCAUUUCUUUCUUGGUUGCUCUGAUUGGAGAUUUUUGGCCAGUGAAUCUUCGUAGUUUUGAGCUAGAAGCUCUUCUCUAAGAAGCUAAGUCAGAGCCCUGUCCAUUGCAAAGAUGUCACUGACUUAGCUGGAUUAUCUGUAGGCUGCAGCUCCCUUCUGGCCCUGUUGGGUGAGGGAGAAGCUCUGUGCCACACGGGGGUUUUGCACAGCCUCUGCAGCCUGCACAGCAGUGCUCUCCUUCUCUGCUGUACCCUGGGAAGAGCAGGAAAAGUUUUAUGCCUUAGUAUUGCACUCAUUGCAAUACCUUUUGCACAAGUGAACAAUAAACACUACAAGUGCAGGGUGCUAUGGUUUAUAUGUAGUAAUAUAUUUAAUUCAAAGCAGGUGAGCAAGGCAGGGUCCCUGUGGAUGAAGAGCUGCUCUAAGUUAUCAUUAACGUUUAGGAGAAAAAAAGUAAAAUAAAGUAAUAACAAAUAAAAGUAAAAUAAAUUUUACUAAAAUGGAAAAGAUUCUUGACAUUUUGAGAAAUUUUUUUCUGGUUUCUCAUAUAAUCCUGUGUGUAUCUGUUUGAAGUGGACAACACUUGGAGCAAUUUUCUCCAAAAUAGCUCCUUUAAUUUUAAUAAGUAAGACUACCUGAGGCUGCUGCUACGUAUUUUCUGUUGGAGCAGCUGUUAAAGCUGAGUGGCUCAUAGAUUUCAAUGGCCUCCGGACCAAACUUGGGAGCUGCAGGGUUGUUUAUCAUACAAGCUAGCUGUGUAAGGAGACCUCAGUUUUAAUAUCAGUAGCAUUACUAAAUCCCUGGACUUAAAAAUAGUGAACCCAUUAUUAUAUUUCAAUAGCUAGUUCAAAUUAUUAAUUUAAAAAAAUCAGUGCUUCAGUUGCUAAGAACUCAGUGCUUUAGAAUUUAGGGGGGUUUUUCGUGGUUUUUGUUUUUUUUUUUAAUACUGCAAAGUCAUGCAAAGCCAGAGUACAGUCCUGCAAGAUGCAAAAUUCCUGCAGUUCUUCUGUGGGGAUUAAAAUGGGCUUAUUGCCAAUGAAAGCUUGAGCCCUUAAGGCAUGAAUACUCACAUGUCUGCUUUAAAUUUAAAUACAGAUUACAAGAAUUAACCAAAAGAAUGCAGCAGGAAUGUGCAUAUAAGAAGGUACAGCAUUCAAAGGAAAAGCAGCUGAGAAUUCAGAAGAAAUUCUCUUGUUUUGGACAAGAGAAUUCGAAGUUUUGGACAUAGACAGUGAGGAUUUAAGGAGUGGCAGAAGGCAUUUGGAGGAGGAUUUGGAAUGUUUCGAAUCCACAGUAGAGCUGCUAGGAGGGUUUGAGUCAUAUGGUAUGUUUUUCAUGGCAUGGUAGGGUAAGUGAAUAUGUAGUCAUAGGUGUUAUUUUUACUGGCUUUUUAAAAUGUGAUUUUUUAAACUCCAAAUAUUUUUUCAGAGGCUCUGUUAUUUUUAUGUCUCUUUCUUUCCAAUUGUAUUGAAUAAAAUCUGUCAGCUCAAUUUCUGUUUAAUUAUUAAAGGUCAGAUUUUUCAAACCAUAGUCUCUGGUUUUACAGAUGCAACAUGCAGGGGAAAUAGGCAUUUUUUGUAAUUUGGCAGUGAUGACUUCUAAUGGAUGCAGGUGAGAUGAUUUGGAAGUCUGAAUAUGUUAUGAAUGAAGCCAGGUGUUUACAGUUGGUGUGAGUUGCACCAAGUUAAGGCUGGGCUGACAAAGAGACUCUUGAAAUAUGGAAUUUAACAUGUGCUUAGAAGUUCUGUUGCAGUCCAGCAUUUGCAAUGCAGGGACAUUAAAAUAACGUAAUACUGUGCUAAGGUAAGGGAAAAAAUCUUAAUUAACUGCUGUAGCAAAUAUGUCUGUAAAAACAAGUUAAAGAAUAAUAUUUCUUAAUAAGAUCCUGCUGGGGACCAGCUAACUUGGUGCAUUCUGUUGGAAUCACAUAUGUUACUUUAAGGUCUAACUGGGCUGAAAAAACCAGGAUUUGUUAACUUCAAUGAGCAUUUCAAAAAACUUUUGCUAAAUAGCCUUUGGUUCUAUUCUUUGCUGUUUUCCACAUGAUGCUGCAUUCAGUGGUGAAGAAUAACAUCCAGGGUAUUUGCUUUGUAGAAGUCUAUUCUACUUAGAGGAAGAAGAUAGAAAUCAAAUUUAAAGAAUCGGAUGAAUAGAGUUUACAACAGAUCCAGCCUGUGGCAAGUCAGAGAGCAAGUCAGUAGAUAUUGUAACAUUCUUUUGGUUCAGAUAUGCAGCAAUCAGAACUACCAAAUUAUUAGUUUUAUGAGUACAGUUUCAGAAGGUGCCUAACUUUCAUAAAGGGAAUUUAAAUGCUGUUUUUCCGUUUGGAAAUAUUUAGGUAAAAUUAGGAGACUUUAAUACUUUAAAGACAUUGCAAAUGCCAUUAAUUUUUAGAAUGGUAGGAAACUUGAUGGGGAUAACCCCUGAAAAAUCCUCCAGUAUGUCACCUUGCUAAUCCUGGAUAAUUCUGACAGACAAGGUGUGUAUGCUCUUUACAAAGAUACUUGCUUAAAUUGCUUUGAAAUCCCCAACGUGUCUGUCCUCUUUAUGGCUGAUCUGAGAGGACUUGGAUGGAAAUUUUAGAGGCUUUACUUGGUGAAUCAGUAAGCAUGUGUGCUCCACACUGCUGAAAUCUCUCCAUUCAGUUAAAGCAAAUGGGUGUUUGAAGUCCCAUCAGCACUUUUGUAGGAUUGAAUUCUUAAUGUCAGAGGAACACGGGAUCUGGCUCCAUUUAGUUCGAUUUUCAUUUGAGCCAGUAUGCAAGGAUUUAAAUGAGAUGUUGUUUAAAUAGUAGCAAACAUGAAGUAUUAUUUUCUAGUACCAAGCUAGUGGUUUAUGUCUAUUUUUGCUGUCUUGUCACCAAUAUUGUAAAAAUGUAUAAUCAAACCAGCUUUAAUUCUUGUAAAACUGAAAUUGGUUUGUAAAACAAUGUAUAAAUUGUGUUUCAUAGACAGAAAAGCUUGUAUUACUGAAUGUAAUAUAUGUGAAAUGAAUAUAUUAUAGUCUAUUUUUGCCAUGGAAAUAAAUAUUUGAAACAGC